GGGGUUGGGUUGGGGUAGAUUAGGGUUUUCUUUGUUUCUUUUAUUCCUCUGCCAUGUAAAUCACUUUGUGAUACAUCUUUUUUGUAUGAAUAAGAAUAAGAAGAACUUUAUUAAUCCCUGAAGGGAAAUUUAAUGUCUGUAAUAUAUCUCUAAAAGUUAUCUAUUAUUUACACAAGAGUUAUACAGUCUGGUGGCUGUUGAUACUAAAGAUCUUCUGAAUCUUUCUGUCCUGCAGUGAAAAGAGAGGAGCCAUCCGCCACCAUUGGCCCUUUGGUCCAUCAAGGUGUUGUGAAGUGGGUGAUCCAUGUUCUUAAGAAUAGUCUCCACCUUCCUCAGUGUAAAUCUCUCCACCACAUCCUCCACUGAGUCCAGUUUGAGUCCAACCACAGAGCCAGCCUUUUUCACCAGUUUGUUCAGACAUCUUGCAUCUUUGUGUUUGAUGCUUCCUCCCCAGCAGACUGCAGUGUAGAACAGAACACUUGCCACCACACUGAUAAAACAUCUGCAGCAUCUUACUACAGAUGUCUAUUGAUCGGAGUCUUCUCAGGCAAAAGAGGCGGCUCUGCUCCUUUCUGUAGAUAAAGUCUAUAUUCUUAGAUCAGUCCAACUUAUUAUCCAGAUGUACACCUAGGUAUUUAUAUGAUGUCACCACUUGAUGUCCACUCCACAGGUGUUCACUAAAAGUGCUAUACAAAUAAAGACUGAUUGAUUGAUUGAUAAUGAUUAGUAUAACUGUGUUCAUUCCUUGUGACAGGCUGUGUGCGUCACACAGAAACAGUACACCUGACAGUAGGUGAGCUCAGACAGGUGUUUGGUACCUGUAGAGGUGUGUAAGGCUGACUUUGGUGUCACUGAGCAGAUUGAAUUUCAGCUGGAAGAUGGUCAAACAUCAGAGAGGAGAUCGGCUGAUCGUCAGAGAGCAGAAAAGUCAACAUUGUGCAUAUUUUUAAUAAAACGCAGGUGUGUCUGGGGUAUCUUUCUCACAUUACAGGAUGAAAGACUUGGAAAAAACGCAUUAAACCUCAUAUAGACCACAGUUAAACAAGGUGGAGUGAAGACCCCCAUCUGAGCCCCUGCUUAAACGUCCUACGGUAGAUUAAUGCUGUUAAAACUGAGCAGGAUGUCUCAUUAACACCGCAUUACGGAGCUAACGUCAUACUUUGUUGUAAAAUCGUGACCUUUCAGUCAAAUUGUUAGCUGACGACCGUUAGCAGCAGUUGUCUGUGUUUAUUUCGCUGUGUUCAAGUUAUCGUUCCUGGGACGAGUUUAAAAGUUAAAAUCUAUCUGCGUCAGAUUUGUUACAUUUCGAUGAAAAAACAGCGUCGCUAAACCAUGUUAAACAAAAAUACAAGGGAAAUAAAACGUAUUAUUAAAGUUAGCUGCUAAUCAAAAUACUCACUGCAAUCCUGACGACUCCACUUUUAAAUCAAGUAGCUCGUAGGAACAACGUGAUGACGUAGCACGCCUACACAGACGUUUUCUGGGUAAUAGAGUUGAAUGUUGUCAGCUCUUUUGCCUCAAAAUGAUCACUCGGGUUUCAACAUCAGUAUUAGUCAAGUCACACUUUUCUUAUUUAAUUUAUUCAAUUGCUAAUGUUACAUUUAUCAUAGCUGUUUAUGACGAAGAGUCGCACAGGAAACAGUCAACUAGACUUCCAGAUGCUGAACUACGUUUCCCAUAAUCCAUCGCUUUUAUAAAUAUGCGCAAGCAUGGCGGCGUCCACAGCAAGAGUGGAAGAUGUUACAGGACCUCUUGAUAAAUGUUUGUCAGGACUCGGGUUUGAAGUUCAUCCUCUGAAGGUGAGUAGAUAUGUGUGCAACGUUAUUCAAAUGAUGAUUUCAUUUUAAUAUUUUAAACUUGUCUCCACAAAAAAAACCAUCGUAAGACACAAGUGCAGCUCAAAAUAUCAAACUUCAAUAUUUUCCAGAUUAAAUCACAUUAAAGUAAAAUAUUUCAAGACCUUUUGCUUUAAAGGCUAGUUUAAAGUCAAACUUUGGGGCCCUUUUUAUGUAACCAACAACUAUGACAUUUGGUUUCACAGCAAAUAAUGUGUUUUAAUGUAGCAUAAGCUCCAAUGAAUUUGGCUGAGGUGAAUUAACUGAACACAGCGUGAUGAAAUUUGUAUGCAUGAAAGAGAAAGAAAGAGAGGAAAAUGUGUAUUGCACCACUCACUUAGUCGUUUACUUUAUGGUUGUGUUCACAAUUGCAUACUGUCUUAUUGUUCCUUUAACUCUACUCCUGUUGGAAGUACUUUAAAGACCCUGUUAGAGCCCAUAAUAUAUUUUGAACCUUCUUAAAAUAGCAUUACAUAGAUUAGUGUAAACAAUUUUGCAAAAGUACCGGGUGAACAUGCAUGCAUACAUUUUAAUUUUUUAUUUAGUCUUUUAGUUGUUAGAAUCUUGAUAUGUAUGGUUUACAGUUUACAGUCCAGUUUCUUGUCACUUCUUUCAGCCCUGAAAAGAGGUCUGAUAAGAUAAUGAACUCUUAAAACCUGCAAAGGUUUACUGAGCCUUUAUUCUCCCACUUUAGUUAGGUACACACAAACACAAUAACUGGGAAGACUGCUGAGCGACCGUGGCCCAGAAGACCAUUAUCACACCUUUACAAGGAGGGUGAGCAAAAGAAGGUCACUACUGCUGAGAAGCUUUUUGGUUCCUUUUCCAGCAGGACCUGGCAUCUGCCCACAGUGCCAAAACUACCAGAAACUGGUUUGCUGACCAUGGUAUUACUGUGUUUGUUGUCCACUGAACUGGCCUGAGCUGAACCCCAUAGACAGACUCUGGGUAUUAUCAAGAGAAAGAUGAGAGACACCAGAGCAAUAAUACAGCCAAGCUGAAGGAGCCAUCAGAAAAACCUGGACUUCACUAACACCCCAGCAGAUACACAGACUGUUUGCCUCCAUAACACAUCACAAAGAUACAGUAAUUCAUGCAAAAUGAGCACUGACCAAGUACUGAAAGGAACAAAAUUUUCCAGAAGGUUGACAUUUCUGUAUCAUAAUUCCUUUAUUUGGAUUGAUGUUUUGUAAUAUUCUAAUGAUUCAAGUUUUUUGAUGUUUUAACCUAUAAUCAGGGAGAUUCAAACAACAAAAAAUAGAUUCUGCAUUCUUUUUCCUCGGGGAGAUUACUUCAAAGUCAGGACCCCAACAGAAAAAAAAAUUCUCUCUACCUGUCUGUUUCUGUCAGGUGGGCUGGUAUAAUGCCAUCCUGCCCCCCUCUCUGGCCCUGUCCUAUGCUGAUGACACCCUGGCUGUGGUGGUCUUCAGCACGCCAUCCGUGUUUGAAAAAGCCUUCCUGCCUUUCUUAGAGGGGCGGGGCUAUGAGGGUGUGCGUGACCCCAUCGAUCAGUGUGUGAGAGAGUGUGUGUCCUCUGCUGUCUCUAAGGUCAGUCUGUGAGGUAGAUAAUUAUUCUGAUAUUAAUGAUGAUGUUCGUUCAUAUCACAGACCUGCAGGUGUGUUCAGAGUUUGUAGACCGGUCUCUGUGUCUUCAGUGUUUUCCAGGUCAGAAGGUCGAUAUCAGCUACGACUAUGAGCUGCUGCCCAGCAGGAGGCCUCGUUUCCUCGCUCAGACGGCGGCUCAUGUGUCCGGAGGAGCAUAUUACUACCAGCAGAAAGACAUCACAGAACCGCCAUGGACAGACAGGGUAACUAAUCAUGACUGUUCCUAUUAUGUUACUGUAGCUGUCACUGUUACCAACACGCUCUUACUAACUGUUACUUCUUAGUGUCUUGCUGCUUCUUACUAAUUUAUUAACAAUGCUCAAAGCAACAUAAAUCCCUCUUAAAUUUGAAGGAUUGCAUGCAAUUGCAAGUUUCACCCUGACCUUACUUUGACUUUUUCCUACUACCUCCCUAAGGUAGUAGACAUGAUACAAAACAUGAUACACUGUGAAAAAGUCAGCAGGAUGAGAUUUUGUUGGAAGAGCACACUUUAAGUAUGUAGAAGACUACUCUGCCCACUGUGGGGUGCCAAAACUAACACGAAUCAAAAGGUCCUCACAGGAGGUCUAAUUAUGAUUUAUGAAUUUUUUUUUGUUUGUUUGUUUUUUGAUUUUUUGCCCUCAUAGCCCAUUGACAAGACUAGUACAAUACAUGUGCUCAGCUGUUAUGGCAGGGAAAUGUUUAGAAUAGAGUGCAUAUCAAGUUUUUGUGAAUUUUAAGUAAUUAAUAUUUAUUUAUAUUUUAUGUUCAUAGUUUUUUUUUUAUAUAUUUUGUGGUAUUUGUGUUCCUGUUCUUUUAACAGCUUUGUGAAGGUGUUUGUUGCUUCUCUCAGUUUUUUUAGUCACACACUGCUCAUAUUUGCAACCGUGAUUGUGCUGCAACUAUUGCCAAAAAUCAUACAGGACUGUUUUGAUUUAGAGAAAAAUUUACUGACUUGCUUUUGUGCUGUUACUUCUCUUUUAUCAUGAGUAUAAAUUGUGAUAACCUAUUGUCUCUGUGCAUUUUGUAGAAGAUGUUCGGGGUGUGUGUCCAUCCUCAGUUCGGCGGCUGGUUUGCGAUCAGAGCUCUCUUGGUGUUCGUGGAUUUGAGGGGGGACUCUGACAUGCAGCAGUCUCCUCCUGCAGACUGUGUGCCGACCAGAGAGGAUCGGGUCCGUUUGCUGGAAGCCUUUAAUCUACACUGGCAGGUACAGACCGACGUCACAACAUAGACACACCUGUGUCAUGUCAGAAACACUUCAGUCAAGCUACAGGUACUUGUGUUUUCUGCCUUUAGGAUUGGAGCUACAGAAACAUCAUCCCUCCUAUCGAGACCUACUCUCAGAGACAGAGGGACUACUUUUCCUGUCCUCCCUCUGAGAGACUCAGACUGCUGAAAUCGUGGGGUUUCCUGUCAGACAGUGAGGAGGCUGAUGUGACAGCAGUGACUCAGAGGGAAGUGAAUGGACAUGGCUGACAGAGAUGACAGAUGAACAUUGAGUUUAAUCACUGGAAACACUUUAAAUUAAACCUUAAAUUAAAAUGUAACUGAUGGAUGCAGACACUGAUCUGAGCUCAUGAACCUGUUUCAAGGUACGAAGGAUCCUUUUAAAUUGUUAAAUAAGAUCAUUGGCCUUAUGAAUGCUACUCUUUCAUGAGUUUCAAUGAUCACUGUACAUUUAAACACUACACAUUACUCCUGCUGCUUUAAUUGACGCAUUUCUGCCCUUUAUACACUAAAGCGCGAAAAGUAGAUGCUUGAGAAACAGUUACUGAUCACACUGUUAUGUGACUCUCUCAGGAUCAACACAUUCAAGCCUGUGUAACCUGUCUGCCUUUAAUCUGUCCUGGCUGUCUUUAAAUUUGUUUCAUAAGGGGCCAAAAACUCAAAAGUGUAACUGUUUUCUAAAACAUUUCUGUCCUCUUUAAAAGUGACGUCAUAAACAGUAACAUUCAUAAAAUCUUCAGAAUGAAGAACUGCACUGUUGACAUUUUGGAGCUUGUUUACAUUAAGGGAGGAAACCACAAUGGUGACACUGUUAAAAAGUUGAAUUUCUCUUUUAUCAAAAAACACUGAAACCUCGUCUGUUCUAUACCCCAGGAUUCUUUGCUGCUAUUCUUCCCGCUUCUACCCCAUUUCCUCCUAUUUAUGCUGUGUCUGUCUUAUUUUACCCAUUUCAUGUUGAUUGUCAAGCCAGGUUUAUUUUGCACAGACCUAUGCUGUACCUACGCUGUCGUAAGCACCACAUACUUUUGUGCUGGAAAUAUGUACUGCCAAGCAGACCAUUCACAGGGCUUGCUGUGCACAUUGUUUGUAGCGUUAGCACAUUUUUGAGGAGGUGCGUGUCGGCUUAACGCCUGCGAUCAGGGCUAUGCAGCAGAUCUGACAUAGGAGCAUAAACCAGGACGCCUAUCCUGUUCUGAACCCUGGGGGUCUGUGCUGCUGCUCUCCCUGCCUUUGUUUUUCAUGUAUGGCACAUGGAUUAAAGAGGAGGUAUGCUCUCCUUAGCUCAGACUUUGGCAUAGUUCAUACGCAGUUUAACUCAUUAAAUUGAUAUAAUAAUUCUAAUUGAUAAAAGUGGCCCUGACAGUGUUUGAACUCUUCUAACAUCAACACUCAUGCACUCAUGGACUUUGAGUUGUGUUCCUGUAUAAGUUCAGCGUUAAGUGAAGUACCACUGUUAGAUCAUUAAGUGCAAAAGCUUGCUGAUGUGGAUUUGACAAUGCCAAAUAAAGCAUUUUCCUUAAGUCUCCAUACCCGCAGACUUUCCUGUGGGAUUACCAAAAAUCUGAUCUAAGUUUUGUGACAUGAAAGGCAGUAUUGUGUUGCCCGUAACUUAAUGGAAACUGGUUUAGGGAUAUAGAAAAGCAACAUUCAGUUAAGUUUGAAAUGAGACGAAAUGUAAACGAAAGAAGCAUGGAAGUAAAAGAAAACAAGGAAAUAAGUUUAUUUGUUGGCAGUUAGUAAGGGGUAGAAUACAGGCUCCCUUCAGGGAUUUUCAUAAGGUAAAGGCCAAAGUCAUCAAAAUUGAAGCAUGAUACUUUUAAUGUACCAGUUCUGCCGCUGGUGCACAGAUUGCAGGACAGGAUGUUGCACUCUCUCCUGUCAGAGCUGGUUGGGGUACAGUGGCUCCUCAGAUUGCUCUCACACAAGUGUCACUCAAACUUGCUUUAGUAUUUCUGCUCUGUGGUAUGAAUAGUUAAUAGUGCUAACAGACCGAAGUUACUGUUUCAUUGUCCUUUUUGGUAUUAGAAAAAUGUUUAUUUUUCUCACAAACUAAUCCCAAAAUGUUUCAAAAAGCUUUAUUUACAUGCCAGAAUAACUAUCAUAUGUGGCAGAGUUAUCUCAGACCUCCUCCUACCAGUUUGUUUUUUGUUUUUUUUGUUUGUAUCCUAUCAUAUUUGGUAGUAUACUCAGAAGUAUCACUGAGCUGUGAAACACACAAAUGUAGAGAAGAGCAGCUUAUAUAUUAUCUAUAUCUGUGAGGUGUUUUGUCACGGUCUUUGGGUCUAUACCAUCUUCUCCCACUCUGCGUCCAGGUUUCAGGCUUCAAACUGGAGUUUGGGUUUGAGCCAGCGUUUCCCAGUUGUCCUGCAGCAGACUCAGAGCAGGUUAUUUCCUCUCUUUGUCCUCUAGAUGUCACUCUCUUCAUAACAAACAUGGCGCUCAGGUUAAAUGAACUCUUCACUGCAGGUAAUCUGUGACUUUAAUCUGCUCUGAAGUUUAUUAAAGUCAUUUAUUCUCUGUUUUUGAGACUCAAUCCUGUUAGGCUGCUUGUUUGGACUCUUUAUGCUUUUACUGUACAUCUUUUAUCACUUCACUACAACACUUCUCUCUUUCUCCUUCUUUUACUGUAUCUCUCUCUUUUACUGCAUCCCCCCUCCUCACCCUCCUCCCCUCUCUGUUUACUGAAUCAGCGUUUCAGUUUGCUGCAGGCCUGCAGAGAGAGGCAGAGCAUGGAGUUAAUUAUUCUCCCACAGAUACCCCCCCGCCCUGGCGUGUUUGCCCUGUAGUAACUCUGCAGUAACUCUCAGUCCUUCAUCUGCUGAAGAUCUUUAAGGAUAAUUUAUCCAUCAGGAUUUCAGCUCAGGCUCAGAUGAAGAUGUGAAAUUCUCUGAAAUAUGAGUUUGAUGUUGUGAGGCUCAUUUUUUGAGUAGAAACACAGAAAAGAAAAGAUUGAAGAGAGUUUACCACCCAUAAAAGGGGGGAAGGGGGGGAAGAGGAGAAAAGCCAGCAGGGCAGCAGAGGAAGAGGAGGGGGAGGACUGCCUCAGAGUCCUUUUAAUAUCAUCUAAUAUAAUCUGAUAAUAUUUAACUUUAGUAGAGUCAGAAACUAAGGGACAAAGAAGACGGAGGGAUGAUCUGAGAGAUAAAAACAGCUUUAUUCUGACUGAACCAGAGCCUGUAUGUAAAAAAACAAGUUUUAAAUGAAAUCAUGUUUUAUUAGACACAGAGUUUAGGUUAUAUAGGAGCCAGAAGGAGCUCAGCUCUUAGAGAAGGAGCCUGAGCUUCAGUGAGGCACGUUAGUUUAAAAUCAAACUUUUUAUGUAACCAACAACUAUGACAUUUGGUUUCACAGCAAAUAAUGUGUUUUUAAUUGUAGCAUAAGCUCCAAUGAAUAUGACUGAGGUGAAUUAACUGAA